GUUGCAGUAGCCAUAUUGGCAUGGGGGAUAGAUGACAAUUUCGCCUCAGCCGAAGAGCUACAUUUUUGUUAUUUUUGAUACUUUUUCAAGGGUGUAUUCGAACUGAAACGAAAGGAGAUCGAAAUAUCAUCCCAAUCUGGCCCAGGUCGAUCCCGUGGAGGGCGUUGAAAGAGAUGAGCAACAACUUAAACAAGAGGGCCCCAACCACAGCAACACAGAGAUUAAAACAGGAUUACCUGCGAAUCAAGAAAGAUCCGGUCCCCUACAUCUGUGCAGAACCGCUCCCAUCAAACAUUUUGGAAUGGCAUUAUCUAGUUCGUGGCCCUGAGAAGACUCCAUAUGAGGGUGGAUAUUAUCAUGGCAAACUCAUUUUCCCACGGGAAUUCCCCUUCAAACCCCCGAGCAUAUACAUGAUCACACCCAACGGCAGAUUUAAAUGUAACACCAGGUUAUGUCUUUCCAUCACAGAUUUUCACCCCGACACAUGGAACCCUGCAUGGUCUGUAUCCACCAUUUUAAACGGUCUCCUGAGCUUCAUGGUUGAAAAAGGCCCAACCCUCGGCAGUAUCGAGACCUCUGACUUCACAAAAAGACAGCUGGCCUCCCAGAGCCUUGCAUUCAACAUCAAGGACAAAGUCUUUUGCGAACUGUUUCCAGAUGUUGUUGAAGAAAUCAAGCUGAAGCAGCGUAUGCAAGAGGAGCUCCGGACCCGUUCUCAAUCUCUGCCUCUCCCCGACGUGGUGCCAGAUGGUGAAGCCCACCAUGCACAAAAUGGGCAUCUGCCCCUGAACGGGCAUCUGCCUCCAGGGGCGGCCCACCCACCUGACCUCCACCAGGUCAACCGAAACCAUGGACUCCUGGGUGGAGCGCUCGCCAACUUGUUUGUCAUCGUAGGCUUCGCCGCCUUCGCCUACACGGUUAAAUACGUUCUGCGGAGCAUCGCGCAGGAGUGAAUCGCCCAAUGAGAAAUUAUGCCGGGAGGGAUGAAGGGGUGGAGCUGUUCUUACGAUCAAAAUAGGUAGCGAGAAAUCAAAAGGUUUUCUUACAACCAAAUAAAACGAAGCAGUCCCGUAUACAAAAUUGAGAGCUCUGUGAUUUCCUCCUUAGUGGUGAGAACCACUCAAAGGUCAAGUUCACUUGAAUUGAUGGCUUUGUUAAUAUGUAAGGAAAUUUAAAAAUGCACAUUUUCUACAUUACCCUAUUCCCAAAGGACCCAAGCCCAUGUGUGACCGUGCAAUGAUCAUCCGAAUUGGCUUUUUAAGGCCUCUUUGUUUAAAUCAACAUCUGUUUUUGCAUUUCUUGUUGAUCUGAAGAUUUUAAAAUCUGCACAUGGGACGCUGAGCUGUUUUUAUGUGGAAGAUUAAAAGACAAAAUUGUAGUCCAAUCAUUCCUCAAAAAUAACACCAUUUACUGUGUCUGAGAACACAAACCAUUUUAUGUAAUGGAAAUGGCUCGACUGUACACAUGCUUUACCUAUGGAAAUGUAUUCUUAAAUUAAUUUGUGCUUGCUUGCGCUACACCAUAACAACCAGUUAGGACAGGAAAGCGGCGGCGUGAAAUUAAUUACUUGUCAUUCAUUUUGUGUGUCUGUGAUGCGGCGCUCCAAGUGUACAUUAACUUUAAUUAUCUUUCAGAGGGGUCACUGUCGGCCAGAAGAAAAAAACAUUAUCAACUCUUUUUCAGGCCAUGUAACACUAUAAUUUAUGUUUUUGUGCAAUAUGUAGGAUUGUCAACUUGGCUUUCACGAUACACAGCACUUCACUUUUUUUAAGGGUUGUGAUUUAUGCAAUAAUUUUCAAUAAAUUAAAAUAAAUAUCCAUUUAAUUUUUCUUAAAGGUCAGAGAAUAUGCAUUUAAGUGCAUUAAAAAUUUUACCAUUUCCUUUUGUACUGUAAAAAGAGGAUGUGUUCUGUAGAAAAAGUGAAUUACUUCCUCAAAAUCAGUGAAUUGCACAAAUAAUUGAUUCGAACAAAAGUUAAAGCCUUGUUUGCUGAGACCUACAUGCACUGCAGAACAUCUCUUUCUGGGUUGGAACAGUCGUAUCAACUUUUACACUGAUUCGGCGUGAAUAUUGAAUGUUCUGGUCAUUUGACAACUUUCCCCCUCAAUUGAAGUGUUUUGUCCCAAAUAAUAGAACUUUUGGCACCUCCAUGACAAUGUUGAUCGAUAUCAGAGAUGGUCAUGUUGUGUUUACAUUUUGAAUAAACAAUAUUCUGUUAAAGAAA